AUGAUGAUCUGCCUGCCCACCGCGCUACUGCUCUCCGCGUUCGUCGUGGCCGCCCAUGGCCAGGAGGUACCGGCUGGUGCCGGGGCUCCAGCUGGAGCUGUUCAAGCUUCUCACAAUCCAAAGGAUUGCCAAUCGUAUUCCGGAUUCCGCCUUUUUCCGUACCUUGUAAUCAACAUGCCCGGUGGGGUGACAAGUGCAAAGAAGAUGAGCAAGCACGCUCCAAUGGACAUGAUGAUUAUAGAGGAGAGAGUCAGUACGAUCCUGGCCAACAACGGAGAUCAACAAGAGGCCCUUUUGUGCCAACUGAGUGAGAGCAGCAUGUUGCUCGCCCAACUCGGAGCUCUCGUGUCUGAAGGCGUCGAACGUCUCGUUCAGACCCACGGCCUGAUCCCUCUAUCCUCUUCUUCUUCCUUCCAAAAUGAUGAGGACGAAAUUCCAGGAUUGGCUCUUGAAGAAGAGACAAACGAGGGUGAAAACGAGAUGGAGAAGCGCAAGCACGAGUAUCUCAGAUUCGGAAAAAGAAAGCAUGAGUACUUGCGAUUCGGAAAGAGGAAGCACGAGUACUUGAGGUGA